GUUUUAUUGACAAAAAUGUGUGGAAUUAUCUGCGAAAUAGUAUUCUCUGAGAAUAGUUUAUUCAAGGACAAAAAAUUACUGCAAAGAAUAAAAAAUAGAGGUCCUAACUGCUGCCGUGCUGUCGAAAUUGACAUGGGUAAUGGAAUUAAAGUAAAUUUUUGCGGUGCGGUGCUGUGGAUGCGAGGACCCACUAUCAUUCCACAACCAGUUGAAAGCGACCAUGGAUUGCUUCUAUACAACGGUGAUAUAUUCAACGAGACUUGGGAUAUAAACGCUAAUGACACUUUGGUUAUUUUAGAGAAACUCGGCCAGGUUGAGAAUUUUGCAGAUAUCCACAUAAUCAAUGAAUUGAAACAACUACGGGGACCUUUCAGCAUGAUUUAUUAUGACAAGCAUACACACAAUCUCUAUUUUAUGAGGGAUAGAAUUGGCAGAAACACCUUACUAUUUCAUAAGAGUGACCAAUCCAUAGUAAUUAGCAGUGUUUUAGGUAGAAAGUACAAAUGCAUAGAAAUACCAGCAACUCACAUUUACGUACUAAAUGUACUAACUAACACAAUUAGAUCACAUCCUUGGGACAAUGGAUAUUCAGUAGAAGAGCAUGUUCUACAGCAUUGGUAUGAUAAGAUACAAACAUUGCAAAGUUUACCUGAUGAAGAAUUCACAUUCGAAUUUGACCAUUUGGAUGACUUGAAUGAGGGGGAAGACAUAGUAGGGUACAUUGAAAGCACAGCAAAAGAAACAAAAUGCAAACUGAAAUUAAUGGAAAAACUUCUAGAACACCCAAUCAUAGCAGAAACAGUUACAAAAAUAAUGGAAUUGUUAGAAAACAGUAUCAAGAUGAGGUUGAGAACACAGCCUUUUAAAUGCAAAGAGUGUUUAAUGAAAUCUGAUCCCUGUAUUCAUUGUACUGUGGGCAUACUAUUCUCUGGAGGACUAGAUUGUACAAUUUUAGCAUUUCUAUCACACAAAUAUGUGCCAAAAGAUCAAAGUAUAGAGCUGAUGAAUGUAGCAUUCAAAAAAGAUGAUAACUCAUCUUAUGAAGUACCAGACAGGUUAACAGGAAGGCAAUCUUUUAAGGAAUUAAAGGCAUUAUUUCCUUCAAGAAAAUGGGUAUUUAGAGAAAUCAAUGUAUCAAAAGAAGAGCUAGAAGAAUGUCAAAGAACAAGUAUAGCAGAUCUUGUACAUCCUAGACAAACAAUUUUGGAUGAGAGUCUGGGAUCUGCUCUUUGGUUUGCGGCCCGGGGUCAUGAUGAACAUUCUGUAUCUUCUUCAAGGGUGCUAUUAAUAGGCUCAGGAGCUGAUGAGCUUUUUGGGGGCUACACUCGACACAGAAAUGCAUAUAAGCGCCAAAAUUGGACUGGUUUACAAAAGGAGUUGUAUUUAGACUGGAAGAGAAUAUCAUUUAGAAAUCUUGCCAGAGAUGACAGGGUGAUAAGUGAUCAUGGAAGAUACCCUAGAGCGCCGUAUUUGGAGGAAAAUGUUGUUGAUUAUGUAUUAAAUUUAAAACCAUGGUUAAAGUUAGUAAAUAAUACUUUUUAUUUAGAUAUUAUUUAAACUUCACUAAUUCUAGGUUUACAGAUUUGUACAUUACUCAUUGUUUACCCACUAGGGAAUACUAAUGCCACUACAAGAUCUGCCUCAUCUUAUGGCAGAUUUCACCAAAUUUAGUAACAUUCUGCUACUGCUAUCGAAUACUUCAUGUAAAUUAAG